AUGACGGAGCCGAUCAACAAGGCAGCAGCCUCGGCCUCGGGCUCGGGCUCGGCAUCGGCAGCCGGGCCGUCGGCGCCCGCUUCCGCCCCCGCACCGUCCGCCGAGAUCUACGAGCAGAAAGACGAGGCCUACUUUGGCUACUACUCGAUGCUCUCGCACCAGGCGCAGAUGCUGCAGGACACGGUGCGCACCGCAGCGUACCAGCGAGCCAUCUUGAACAAUGCGCGCGACUUUCAGGACAAGGUGGUGAUGGACGUCGGCGCGGGCAAUGGCAUCCUCAGCUUCUUCUCGGCGCAAGCAGGCGCCAAGAAGGUGUACGCCAUCGAGGCGUCCAACAUGGUCGAGUGUCUGCGUCACGUCGUCAAUGCAUCCGAGCGCAACUCGAACUCCAAAGCGGCGGGAUCGAGCGAGGCAGAAGAGGUGCGCAACGAGGCAGAGAUCCUCGAGCUCAUGGGUGCUUCCGACGCCAGUGCAGCGCCAGCAGCGGCUGGGCUGUUUGGAACCACCAAUCCGGCCGAGUCGCGCAAUGCGUGGUUGCAGGGAAGGCUGGUACCUGUGCACAGCAAGGUGGAAGAUGUGACGUCCGAGCAUCUGCAGGGCCACACGCAGGUGGAUACGAUCGUGAGCGAGUGUCUGGGCGUGCUGCUCGUGCACGAGCGCAUGUGCGAGUCGUUCCUCGACGCGCGCGACCGAUUCCUCGCUCCCGGCGGCUCCGUCUUCCCCUCGGCAGGCACCAUCUGCCUGGCGCCGUUCGAGGACAAGCAGCUGUGGAACGACACGGCCAACAAGGCCAAGUGGUGGCUCAACAACAACUUUUACGGCGUCGACGUUUCGCCGUUCGCCAAGCUGGCGUUCGAGGAGAACUUCUCCAGCCCUGUCGUGGGUGUGUUUGCACCCCAGUGCCUGCUGAGUGUGUCGAGCGACUAUGUGAUCGACUUUGCCACCAUCACCAAGCAGCAUCUGCAGGAAUUCACCGUGCCUGUCGAAUGGACGUUUGCACACGCCGCCAUCGUGCACGGUCUGGGCGGCUGGUUCGAUCUCCACUUCAACUCGCAAUCCACCCCGAACGAGGACGCCACCAUGAACGAUGCCAGCACCGGCGGCGCAAUGUCGGUCGAAGCUGCGCUGGAUACGCUCAAGGCCGCAUCGGCCGCAUCGGCCGCAUCGGGUACGGCGAUGGAUGCGGUUCUCAACACGCUCCCCACCGUCGAUACUGCCAACACGGGCAACUUUAUGACCACCAGCCCGUAUGCAGACGCAACCCAUUGGCAACAGGUAAGGUUCCUGCUGCAGGAACCACUCGCCGUCAACCGUGGCCAGAAGCUGGGCGGAAGCGUGCACUGCAAAGUCAACGAUCAGAGAUCCUACACCAUGACUGCACAGUUGAGGCUGCAGAAUCCAGAUGGCACUGCGUCCGAUAGCAGCAUCACCACCCGAAAAGCCGUGUGGAGACUAGACAGACAGACGUACUCGUGGUGA